CUCAAAUUGCGCGCCAUCCCGCAGAUCUCCAUCCCAUGUCAACGUUCCGCGUCAACCAAGUCCGCGUUCUGGGGGAGAUGCCCCGCGAGUUCCUCGACAUCCUCACCCCCGACGCCCUUCGCUUCCUUGCGUACUUGCACGAAUCGUUUGAAGCGCGACGGCAGCAACUCCUGCGGGACCGCGCCGAUCGUCAAGUCGCGUUGGAUGCAGGUCAUUUCCCCACGUUUUUGCCCGAAACGAAGUACAUCCGCGACGGUGCAUGGAAGGUCGCGAGCAUUCCCCAUGACUUGCAGGAUCGCCGCGUGGAAAUCACUGGUCCAGUCGACCGCAAGAUGGUGAUCAACGGGUUGAACUCGGGGGCCAAAUGCUACAUGGCUGAUUUUGAAGACUCGACGUCGCCCACGUGGCGCACGCUUGUACAGGGCCAAGUCAACCUACGCGACGCCGUCCGUCACACCAUUUCGUACACGCAGGCUGGCACGGGCAAGACAUACUCGUUGCACGAGCAUUUGGCAACGUUGCUCGUUCGUCCUCGCGGCUGGCACUUGGACGAAGCGCAUGUGACCGUGAACGACGAGAUCAUGGCGGGGUCGCUGUUUGACUUUGGGUUGUACUUCUACCACAACGUCCAUGAACUGGUUCAACGUGGGUCGGGGCCGUACUUCUACUUGCCCAAGCUGGAACACCAUAGCGAAGCGCGACUUUGGAACGACGUGUUUGUCGUGGCGCAAAACUACUUGGCUGUGCCAGUGGGAACUAUCCGCGCGACGGUACUCAUUGAAACGAUCACAGCGGGGUACCAGAUGGAAGAGAUUUUGUUUGCGUUGAAGGAACACUCGAGCGGGUUGAACUGUGGGCGAUGGGACUACAUCUUCUCGUUCAUCAAGAAGUUCCGCAACCACCCGUCGUUUGUCAUGCCAGAUCGCUCGGCGGAGUCAAUGACGACUCCGUUCAUGGCGUCGUACGUGAAGCUCCUCAUCCAAACGUGCCACAAGCGCGGCGCGCAUGCCAUGGGCGGAAUGGCGGCGCAGAUUCCAGUGAAGAACGACCCGGCGCUCAACGACAAGUUUAUGAAGGCCGUGUACGAAGACAAGCUGCGGGAGGUGGUGGCGGGCCACGACGGCACUUGGGUCGCGCAUCCCGGCCUCGUGAAGAUCGCCAUGGACGUGUUUGACGCGAACAUGACGACGCCCAACCAGAUCCACAAAGCAUUGAAGAACUCGAAGGUGGAAGCCAAGGACUUGAUUGAGGUGCCGGUGGGGUCGAUUUCGAUGAAGGGCCUCGAAGAGAACAUUGACGUGACGCUGGUGUACGUGGAAGCAUGGCUGCGCGGCAGCGGAUGCAUCCCCUUGCACAACAAAAUGGAAGACGCGGCGACGGCCGAGAUUUCCCGGGUUCAAGUGUGGCAGUGGCUCAAGCACGCGGCGUCGACCGCCAACGGCCAGCGCAUCACGAAGGAUCUCGUGCUCAAUAUCCUCGAGGACUGCACGACCAAGCACCUCGCGCGCGCCAAGGACGACCACAAGUACGUGCUAGCCAAGGACGUGACGGCGGACAUUUUGACGGGCCCAACGUUCCCGGAGUUUUUGACGCUGCCGUGCUACCCGCAUAUUGUGUCGUACGAGGUGGGCGGGUCCAAGUUGUAACGUUUCUGAAAUUUAUAUCUAUUGCCAACAAGGACGCACGCAGGUCGGGUUGACCCGGUGGUGGUUGUGUGUUGGCGCUUGUCCCCGUGUAUACCGAAUAAAACUGAUGUACAUUGCUUCUGUGAUCGUUGUUGAUAUGCAUGCUGAUUGA